CUUGAUCCCGCCCAACAGACAGGAGACAAAAACAAUCGGCAUCUCUCUCAGCAGAACAUAAACUGGACGGAUAAAGUCCUCUAACGUACUAAACACGUUCCUAACGGCUCCCACACCGACGAGGGAGACAUGGUUUCUCCUGUGACUGUGGUCAAGAGCGAAGGCCCUAAGCUGGUGCCGUUCUUCAAGGCCACCUGUGUUUACUUUGUCCUGUGGCUGCCCACCUCCAGUCCGUCCUGGUUCAGCGCCCUGAUCAAGUGUCUGCCCAUCUUCUGCCUGUGGGUGUUCCUGUUAUCGCAUGGCUUCAGCUUUCUCGGAGCAGACUCUGGGGCCCGCAAGAUCUUGGCGGGUCUCAUCUUCUCGGCGCUGGGAGAUGCCUUUCUCAUCUGGCAGGAGCAGGGAUACUUCGUCCACGGCCUCCUGAUGUUCGCCAUCACUCACAUCCUCUACUCUUCAGCCUUCGGAAUGAAGCCCAUCAACGCUCAUGCGGGGCUGGCGAUCGCCGCCGUCUCCGCCGUGAGUUACUCCCUGCUCUACCCCUAUCUCUCCGGCCCCUUCACCUACCUGGUGGCCGUCUACAUCGCCCUCAUCGGCUUCAUGGCGUGGAGAGCGAUGGCCGGGCUGCAGCUGGCCAACGACCUGUGGACCUGGACCAAGCUUUGCUCCUGCCUCGGCGCCGUGCUCUUCAUGGUGUCGGAUCUCACCAUCGCCGUCAACAAGUUCUGCUUCCCCGUGCCCCAUUCUCGCGCCAUCAUCAUGGCGACCUACUACGCCGCCCAAAUGCUCAUAGCGCUGUCAGCGGUCGAGUGUCAGUAUGCAGAGGUGGCCCGGAAAAAAGCAUGAGCUCAAGGUGGUUCCCAUGUGACCCUCAUCUCAAUUGUUACCAUAGCAACUGGUCUACCACUGCCUUCACACGGAUCUUGUAUUUAUAAGUGUGGUAGUCUCAUCUGUCUUCCUCGUGUGAAGAUAUGAAGUAUCUUCAAGUGGUCCAACAACAGUCCUACCUGGUCCGAGAACACCUCCCUGGUUACCAUGGAGACCCAGCCUGCCUUCACUAGACAGGGGAAUGCAUGUUUUUGCUGAUGCCAUUAUCACAGACUGACUCCACACUGACACACGAGCAUAACUUCAACCAGCCGUCUGUGGUAUAUAGAUAUAUAUAUAUGUAUAGAUAUUGCCUGGAAACCUUGAUAAAAGGGAUUUUGACUGAGGCCUCUGAUAGCCCUGGAAUACAGGGGUUAUGUCAGAUUCAGGUCCUAUUCGUUUCAAGGACAACCACUUUCACCCAGCCUUGAUCUGCAAUCGUUGCGACAUGUCUCCGACACACGAAUACUAUCAUAACAAAGCGCUGAUCUCUGCGGUAUUAUCAGUGUUCUGCCACCCCCCAGCUGCUCCGCAACAUUAGCCCUGAAAACACCUUCAACUCCUGCUGGUCCAGUUCAGAAGAGACGUUCCGAGGGUGUGAGAGACACAGUGUUAUGGUGUUUUUCUAGCGUGUGAACGCUUCACAAUAGAUGGUUUUGACACGUGAAAAAAGCUCGUCAUGUGAGAGAUCAGUUAUCUUAUUAUGCAGAAUAAUUCCCUCUCACAGGACACUCCAUCGACUUUAAUCCUCUGUAAUCUACCUCGGCUAAUCCCAGGCUGAUGGUGUUUCAUCCGUUGAACUUUCACUUAACUUUCAUCUCUUCGCCCUCUAAUCCUUUUGUGUUGAAUAUUUCAUGGUGAGGCAGGUAUAUAUUCUGCUGCUCCGAUUGUUACCGUUAAUCCUGCAGUAAUGUAGUGCUCAUACUCAAAUACCUCAAAGAUAGAUUCCACCCACCUAAAGAGUUAUUGUGAUGUUUUUUCUGAGGAGGUGGUUUCACUCUUUUCGCCUCAUCAGAGAGGCCCAAACAUCAGCCUCGAGGGGAAUGAUCUCAGCAUGGGGUCGCACCAUGGCUUCCUCCCAGUUGGUCCAAAAACCUCGCUCAUAGACUUGAUGUUUUGCCUCCUCGACUGGGAUCAGUAGAGAUCUAAUCUGAGCCUCUCCCAGACGACAGUCUUCUGUGGAGAAAGCCAGUGCCCGCAUUGUUCUUUCAGUCACUAAUACAGUAGGUGACAAGUCAAUAGAAAAAGUUGCCCUUUAGCUCAGCUCUUUCCUCGCACCAGGUGACACAAGUGUUGCGUGACACAACAUAAAUACUUGACACACUUAUCUGGGCAAGGGGCUCACAGCCUGCGAGACUCAAGUUCAAACAGAUCGCUGCUAGCUUUAGCAGCGUCAGCGCCCUCUCAGCCUUCUUCUUCUCUCUCUCAUGUACACAGCGGAAAAUGCUCAAACAAGUGCUAAGACACCAUGAUAAUAUCUGCAGGCGGAACAUGGUGUAAACACAUAGCUGUUUUUUAAAAGACUGACAACAAGAGGAGAAGUUUGACCUGUGAAAACACUUCCUCUUUUCUUAGUCAGCUUUUUUUUUGCGCCACGUGACCUGAGGGCGACUUGUUUCCGAAUUGUCCAGUAAAACUGCUGCAUCAUUUUAUGAGUUUUCAGCCGCAGGCUGAACAAUGGUUUGGUCGAUAAUUCAUUAAGCUUUAUGCUUGGGCUCCUGCAGUCGUACAGAUGCAGAGUUGUAUCGCAUCAAAGCGAAGCGGAUUCAAGCAGGAGUCAGCUGCUUUGUGAUGUUGGUGCUUAGAUGGAUUUAUGCUCGGAGAUUUGAGAAGUAUGUGUGAGGCUGUUUCUUCUCUCCCGACCCCUACUUUCUCUGACUUGCAUUCCUAGUUAGCAUUAGCUUUCUUGUCUAUUUUUUCUUUCAAUUCACUUUCCAAACUCUUCAUGAUCUGUUGUAAAUCUUCUUUCAUCAGCCACAUAUUAAAACACAAAGGCAGAAGAUUAAAAUAAUCACACGCCAGUAUUCAACAUGAAUUCCUGUUUUACUUCACUAACCCCAUGGUGGUUGGUCAAAUCUUAUCGGCCAAAUAAGAUAAGACUUUAAAUCGGAAGAAUGUAGUUGUGGAGUGCAAGAGCAGCUCGUGGAUCAGCUCUGGCCGUGAGGAAAGGUUUUCACAGCGCACGCUUCGGUCUGGCGAUACUGUGUAAGAUGAAGAGGUGAAAUAUGACACACAGAAGAAGACUGGUCUUUCCAUCCAGCCCUGUUAGCUGCCAUCUUCCCCUCCUCCCGGCGCAGCAGGCGCAUCACUUUACUGUAGCCUGUCAACAGUUCUGUUGUCCUGAGCUUUGUGUUGGCUGACAAAGGGGACCUGGGAGAGAGCAGGAGGCCCCCGGGGUUGCCAGACCUACACCUGCACAAACUCAACCUUAACUAUAGCUGCUGACGUUUUAGCAUGUUUUACGCUCAACCUUUUCUUGGCUGCGACUCUUUCUGGGAAGAUAGGAAGCUAAGAGCAAACAUUAUUUUGAUCAAGUUUGAGAAAUAUUGUGGGUACCAGUGAAGCACCGUGAUGAUUGUCGUUGUUGAAUUUCUUUAUUUUUAAUUUGGCCUUUAUUUUUACAGCUGUUUGCCCACACAUUUGUUCAUCUGUUAUUAAAAAAAUAUUUUUUUUUUUUUUUUUUAAAAACAUGUAAAUGUCUGAUAGAACUUUUUAGAGUGUUAAAUUUUGUUUAAUUAUGUCAAAAGCACCCUUAGACAAUUCUGUUUAAAUUUGUAAAAUACAACUUUAUUGGAACUUCAAUGUGGAAACACUGGGUGAACUAGAAAUUGAGCAAAUCCGAGCGUCAAAAAUUAGUUUUUAUUCACAGAUCCGAAGUCAGUUUUUAACAAAUAGAAGGCAAUACAAUGAAGAUCGGAUUCAUUGCAGCUGUAAGAUUCAACAUCAAACAACAACAUUCAAAAAAUCCCCACUUCCCCUGUAAACCAUCGCUCAGAUUGCACUUGUUUCUCCCUUAUUCAAAAAAUAUAUUCAGCUGGUGUCUUUGCUGUGACUGACAACGUCAGUAUGACUCAAGACAAUGGCAUGAAUCACUUUAUUAUUCCUACUGUGAUACCAUGACUCGACUAUUUGCUGCACUUUCCUGCACUCCCAAAUAGGGACUGUCAUGUUCUGCCUUUUAAGUAUUAUUCUCAUUUUAUUUUCCUCAGAUGUAUUUUUGAAAACAAGACAGUAAUGCAUGGAGUUAACUCUCAACUUGUGUCACAGUUUGUCGUCGUAUUUUAAGCUAAAUUUGACUCCAACUGAUUUGUGUUACGAUAUGCUGAUGGUCCUGAAACUUUCACUUAGUGAUCUCAUGAUUUUUAGACUUGGACUAGUGUCUUUGCUGUAGUGAAACUGCUAUGAAUGUGAAUAUCUAGUAGAGAAAUAAAUGCAAACGCAAUGCAACUUCA